CGUUGGCUUCCACUCUUCGUUUUUCCAUCAGCAGCCUCAUUAUGCCGGUCAUCAUGCGCUAAUCGGGGUUCUCCAGCUACUGAAAGCUGCCGACGACCCACCACCAUGAUUUCCACCUGAAGCACUCAAGGCUAUGGAAACGGUUUCUUGACGAAUUGCGUAUCCAUGGACCAACGAACCCGGCUGCAGAAGGCUUGCGAUGCCUGUAGUAUUAGGAAAGUCAAGUGUGACACCAGUGGUCCCCCCUGUCGGUCAUGCGCCAGCCUGAACAUCCCAUGCACUUAUGAGAGACCAACUCGUCGCCGUGGUCCGCCAAAUCGCCAUGCCGAAGCUUUCAAGAAGCAGAAGCUGGGGGAGACGCCCUACGGCGCUGCGAACUCGCCUUCCCCAGAUCAAUCCACACAAUUAUCACCGGCUCUAUCGGGAACUGGCCUCCCACCCACCACGGCAGGCGCGCUAUCGCUGGAAUCGAUCUGCUCUCUGCCCACUAUGCUACUGCUCAUUGACGACUAUUUUACAUACAUCCAUCCGCUAAUCCCGGUUCCGCAUGAGCCUACAUACCGCGCCGCGCUCGAACGGAGGGAAGAUCUUACGCAUAACACAUUUCUAGCCAUGACGGCCGGCAUGAUCGGAACCCUCGUGGCGUCCUUUCCCCGAAGACCGAAGAUGCAUAUGAAACCCGAAGAAAGAGCGGCUUUUCCGCACUCCACUGCCUUGGUCAAGAGGUGUCGUGACGUCGCUGUCCAGGCGCGGGGUGCCGGGUACCUCGACCGUAAUCCCACCGUUUACGACGCCGCCACCAGCUAUUUCCUUGGUCUCUGCUCAGGUUAUAUCUGGAAUCUCCGAUCCUGUAGAGCCUAUCUUGCAGAAUGCUUGACCAUGAUACAUGUCUAUAACCUCUGCACCCUGCCUCAACCCCGUGUCCCACCCUUAGGUCCAACGAGCCCGGCGUCUUCGUCCUCGUUCCAUUCGCAGGAGAUUGAACCCUCGGCUAACAUUCUCGAGGUGGAACUUGGACGCCGUUUAUUCUAUGUAACGCUAGUCGGCUAUCGAACCUUGCAGCAGAUGGGGUCUCAUGACUCAGCAAUCCAUGUGCCUCCUGAGACACCCACGGAGCGCUAUCCGCCCCUACCUCUAGAGAUAGAUGACGAAUACAUCUUUCCAACCCAUCUGGAUCAGCAACCGGCUCACAAGGUCUCCCGCCUAGUGGGUUUCAAUGCCAACGUGCGCGUAUACAGUUCCUAUAAUCCAAUAUCGGCUUGGGAGACCGCUUUUGGCGCAGGCCAGAUUUUCGAUUGGGACCGGCAAAGGGUCGUCAUAUACGAAUGUUUACAGAAAAGCAAGUUGGCGCUAGCGAAUGUUCCAAAGGAGCUGUCUUUGUCUUUGACGGAGGGCGCUCCAGUGAGUCAGGGAGAGGAUGUCAAGAUGAUGCUCAAUAGCGAAGACGCGGCCUCCUCCGCGAGGCGCCACAUCCAGUAUGAAAUACAAAAGGCCAAUAUUUACGCUAGCCAGCUUGCGACUCGGUCUUAUUUGGUCGAGAAGUACUGGAGUCUGCACGAAGCCUGGAAAAUGUAUCAAAAUCAGAGCCGCCAGCCCACUCCCGUCAAUUCUCCAUUAGGGGGUAAUGGUAUUGAUCCCACCGAUCACAUCAGCAAUAUCAUGGUUGAAGAGCGCCAACUUGUGAUUCGGGACCUGUUUGUCCUUCUACAAUCUGUCAAUGAAAUCAAUAUGGAGCCUAACGGCGCAAGCGUUACCUCUAAGAUCCGCCAGAUCGCAUCGACCUUAUUGGACUUAUCAAAGUCGUCAACAACUGCUCCAGUUACAGCAGGGCCCCAACCGCUCACCAAAGCCGAAGCGGAGGCAUAUCUGUCCGCAUUCAUUGACACCCUAGUCCGCUUGGAAGGCCUGGGUCCAAGUUCGAAGGGGCCAUCUAGUCCCCAGACGCAAGGGCGGGCUAUGAGUUAUCUUAGUGACCACGAUCGUGAUGAAGAGGAAUUGCGACAAUGGGCUAGUUUGAAGGCAUAUCAGGCCAAAUUUGCCGAAGCGGGCGGUCUCCUAUCUGAAAUAUGACUCUCGAUACUCGCUAAUUCGAACAGUGAGAGUUUACAAUGGGAACAACAAGAUGCCUGCAGUUAUUGACUUAGAAGCAAUCGAAACUGCAAAUCAAAAUUGCAGGGUUUUUCGUGGAUUGAGGGCCAACAGUUUCCGUGACACAUCCCGCCAUGUCUAGUGAGAGUUGUCAUCGCUCACGGUGGGUUCCUACAAGGCCCGAUGGGCUUCUGCCAAAGCCUGACGCGAACCGCAGCCGCGGUUCACCGUUUACGAAGCUACAACGAGGGCACGAUCAGCGUGGGUUCAGGCCCUUCAAGCGCCGAUCCCUCA